CCCUUCCUGAUCGCCGGCUCGCGCACUUCAUGAUGCUGCGUUUACAGGUUGACUGGUCGCGGCUGCCGCUGCCAGGCCGAGUGAAGGUAACUAAGCCGUGAUAACACUUUCCCUCUACCCUGCUUAGUCGUAGCGCUGCCCGCGUCUCUCGUGCCCACGCGCGUGUUGUUCUUCUUGCUUUUCUGCUGCUGUUGUUCCUGCACAUUUGUCCACUGUACAGUCGCUCGUUCCAGCUGUCCUGUCUAAUCAAUUGCGUUUCUUUUUUCUGAACUUGUCAGUACUGCAAUUGUUAAUCAUGUUGCGCUCUGCAUUGGUGUGCACGCUCGCGGGCCUGACCGCUGUGAAUGCGAUCGCUACCAUCUCGGCCAAAGGUCCCAAGUUCUUCACCAGCGAGGGCGACCAGUUUUACGUCAAGGGAAUUGCUUAUCAGCUUCUCCCCGAUGACCCGCUCGUCGAUACUACACAAUGCACACUCGACGCUUCGCUCAUGAAGACCAUCGGCACAAACUCGAUCCGCGUCUACCACGUCAACCCUAAUGCGGACCACACAGGCUGCAUGAGCGCCUUUGCGGAUGCUGGAAUCUACAUCUGGGUGGACCUUGAUACGUUCAACACCACAAUCUGGCAAGACGAGCCGAAAUGGACGUCGACUCAGUUCGACGCCUUUGCUGAGGUGCUUGACGAGUUUCAGCAGUUUGACAACACUGCUGGCUUCUUCAUCGGCAAUGAGGUCAUCAACACUCCCGCUGGUUCCAAAGCAGCACCCUACGUCAAGGCUGCUGUCCGCGACAUGAAGGCCUACCGCAACUCGAAGAACUACCGAAGCAUCCCCAUUGGCUACUCUGCCGCUGACAUUGCCUCGUUGCGUCCUAUGCUACAGGAUUAUUUCGUUUGCGGCGAUGAUGCGGAUGCCCUUGAGUUUUUCUCUUUGAACGCUUACUCGUGGUGUGGUCAGAGCUCGUAUGAGCAGUCUGGCUACAGCAUGCUCGAGGCGAACUCGACGGAACUGCAAGUUCCCAUUUUCAUGUCGGAAACAGGAUGCAACGCGGUGCGUCCGCGAGACUUCGCCGAUCAAAACGCCCUGUUUGGUGAUAUGGCGGAUACGUGGUCUGGAUCUAUCAUUUAUGAAUGGAUUGAGGAGGAAAACAAUUAUGGUCUGAUCUCGUAUGGUGGGAAGAUCGAUCCAGCUUCGCCCAGUGCACCGGCCGACGGCUUUGUCCGCUCUGGUACACCGACACCAAUCGUGCCUGAUUUUGCCAACCUGAGCAACGUCUGGAAGACUCUCAACCCUACCGGUGUUAAGAAGAACGCGUACAAUCCUACAGCGACUGCGCCAAAGUGCCCAGAUUUCACGAGCGUUGCCUGGGAGGUUGAUGCCUCUGCUGCACUGCCAACUAUGGGCCAGGUUGGCCCAGUGUCUUCGCGGGCCAGUGCUUCGAGCACUGCUUCGAGGAGUGGAAGUGCAUCGGGUAGUGGUAGCGCAUCGUCGACAGCAACGAGUACCGGUUCGCAGACAGCAGCAUCGGCGACAGCGACACAGGGUGCUGCUCCUGGAAGCUUGAGCCGAGAACUGAAGGGUGUGGGCGCCGCUCUUGCUGGUGUCAUGGCCUUCUUCGCCUGGUUGUGAGGGAAGCGGGGUGUGGAUUAAAUUCGUAGUGUUUCGAGAACGAGCUAUGCGUGGAUGAAAGAGUAAUGAUCGAUGAAUAUGUAGAUAGGAUACGACACGAGCUAAGACUCAGAAGUACAUAUACCUUUUUUUCUAAAUGAAAUGGAUGGAUUAGAUUCUGAUACCGAAUACACUG